AUGGUGGUGGGGGAGGAUGAGUCAGAGGAGUGGGAGCCAUCUUUGAAGAGUAAGGGCGCCUUGGAGGAUUAUUCGGAUGCAACAUUAUCGGAUGGAGCUGCGGACCAGUUUGUGAUUAAGAGUCGGGCUCCUCUGGUGGUGGAUGCAGCGGAUAAGCAGAUGGUGCCGGGACGGGUCAAGCAGGUUGUACAGGCGUUCGAGGCUUGCAAAAUGGUGGGUAAUGAUGCUGAGAAGGUGGGCGAUGUAGUCCAGAUUGAUGAAUAUGGUUUGAAUGUUGAAUGGAUGGGGGGAGGUGGCCGUAAGCGUUUGUGGAGCGAGGCGAUGGUGGAUGGGGAGGAGAGCUCCAUGGUGAAGAAGCAAUUUGUGGAAGAGGUGGAGGAAGAGAUGCUGAAAUCGGUGGAGGAAGCCAGCCGGAAAUGGCCCCAGCCGGAUAAAUGA